AUGGCCGACAACGCAGCACCCGAUGUGGAUGCGAUGCACCCUGAGCAAUCCGUUCUUCAUGCACCCGGUGAGCUACGGGCUCCUAUGGACACCGAGGAGCGCGCCUCGUAA